ACAAGCUGGGGCACUUGCUCAGGCGGAAGCUGCACUUCCCUUGGGACUCACAUGCGCUACCGAACCGUCACCCGAAGCGCAUCGGGUGGCGGAGCUGCUUGCCCCGUUCUGUCCGACACCGGUAAAUGCGGAGGCUGCUGUACGCAGAAUUGCUUGUUGAACAGCUGGAGUGGCUACGGUGAUUGCUCAUCCAGCUGCGGGGCGGGAACAAGGACUCGCCAUCGCAAUGUUGCCAGGUCUGCCAGCUGUGGAGGCUCGGCGUGCUCCAAUACCAGGUCUCAGAAUAUUGCUUGCGUUGGCAGCGGUGGAGCAAGGAACUGUCAGGUCAAUUCCUGGGGAGGCUGGGGUGGAUGCUCGGUCUCUGGAUGUGCUACUGGCGUGCGGUACCGUAAUCGCUACGUGAGGGUCAAUGCAUAUUGUGGUGGAGCCGCCUGCCCAACUCUCCUUUCUCACAGCACCUGUGGUGGCUGCUGCCCGACUAACUGCGUGUGGAACAGUUACAAUUCAUGGACUGGCUGCAGUGCAACAUGCGGCAGUGGAUCCCGGUAUCGUUAUCGUUCAGUGAAGACAACAGCCUCUUGUGGUGGCUCGUGCGUUGGUUCUGGAACAGGCACUGAGGAGUGCACGCAAAAUAUUGUGAAAAACUGUGUGCUGGGAAACUGGGGUACAUGGACACCUUGUACGAAUCCAUGCGGAUCAGGUACACAAUCUCGUACCCGGCCAGUGGUUACACAAGCGCAAUGCAGAGGAACAUGCGGCUCCACCAACGGAAGGAAGAUCUGCACCCAAUACAUCAACAAGGACUGCCAGGUUACUGAUUGGGGUGGAUGGACUGCGUGCAGCGAAAAGUGUGCCGUGGGAAAGAACUACAGAUAUCGGAGGAUUACUUCUGCUCUUGUGUGUCAAGGAAAAUGCCCAUAUGCGCUCACAGACUCGAAGGACUGUGGAACUGCUAAUGGCUGCUGUGAGCAAAACUGUAAUAAUGGUAUGUGCUCCUGCAAACCUGGCUACAAGAAGAGUGGAUGCAAAUGCAUUGCUAUCAGCUGCGGGGCUCCUGCAGUCGGGUCCUACUGUCCUACUGGCAAAACCUGCAAGACACCAACGUAUACCUGUACCGACACUCAAUACUUGUUCCUGUCCAUGUGCUCGUUCACGUGUCCGAGUGGAUACGGUUUGAAUGGUGGUUCAUCGGUCGUCAUCUGCCAGGCCAGUCUAGUCUGGACAGACCAUAGCCAAACACACUGUGAGCUGCUGAACAAGGCACCAACAAAUAUUGGCCUGUCGAACACCUAUAUCAAGGAGAAUUCUCCAAGUGGAACCGCGGUCGGAUCGUUCACCACUAACGAUCCCAAUCCCAGUGACACACAUUCCUACACACUUGUCAGCUCCGCACCCGGAAAGUUCUAUAUCUCUGGCAGCACCCUGUACAUUUCGUUUGUUCCAAACUACGAAACCCAGGCAAAGUCGUAUGCGAUUGAUGUGAAGAGUACAGACUCCGGGGGCAUGUCGUACACUAAGAAGUUCACGAUCACCAUCCAAGAUCUCAAUGAGAAGCCAACUGCGUGCCAGCUGUCUUCUACAACGGUCCAGGAAAAUCCAAUGCUGAAUACUGUCGUUGGCGCUAUUAAAACAUCUGACCCGGACACGGCUCAGACAUUUAGAUACUCACUCCUUGACUCGGCUGGCGGACGAUUCAAACUGGACGGGAGCACUGUUAAGGUUGCAGUGCCAUCAAGUAGAUGUAUUGCAGAUGGUGGCACGGCGUGCCUGUACAACUUUGAAUCGGCCACGCUGAAUCGAUUCACCAUCACGGUACGCACCACUGACAGCGGCUCACCAAGCCUGUACUAUGACUGCAAACUGACAAUCGACACACGCAACAUCAACGAUCAGCCCAGAAACCUGCAGCUAGCCGGGUACACUAUCAAGGAAGGCAGUGCCAUUGACACCAGAGUCGGCACUCUUUCUUCCUCUGACGAAGACAUUGGUCAAACAGUAACGUAUUCAAUUGUUGAUGACGAUGGUGGAAGUUUCAAAGUAUUGCAGAACAAGUUCAUUGUUGCGGCCAAGGUGGCUAACUUUGAAACAAAGACAAGCCAUCACAUUACUGUCAAGGCAACUGACAAUGGAUCACCUGCGCUAUACGUCCAGAAGGACUUCACUAUAACUGUACUGGAUGCCAAGGAGGCCCCAGUGUCAAUUCAGUUUACUUCCACUGGUGCUCAGACUAGCUUUGGAACCAACAGCCCAACGAUCAAGGAAAACGCAGUGAAGAACACGGUUGUGGGGACAAUUGUUGCUUCCGACCCGGAUCUCAAUGCUAAGCUUACAUUCAGCUUGGACGAUAAUGCAGGCGGUCGGUUUGCAUUAGACGGCGCUAGCAACGUGGUGUGCAAGGCUGCAUCGGCAUCGGAUCCCACUGCAGAAACCGUGUGCUCCGUCAGAGUUCUUGUAUCUGGCAUUCUCAAUCAUGAACUAGACGCUCUGCACACUAUCAUAGUCAGGGCUACCGACAACCAUGGCCUGUUCAAAGUUCAGAAAUUCUCCAUCACGAUUCAGGAUGUGAACGACAUUCCGCACGACAUAAUUAGUGUCGGUGGUGCACCACAUGUCAAGGAGAAUCUCAACAACUUUGUCAUCACGUCGUUCCUGACCAAGGACCAGGACCCGGCGAACACGCACACCUACACGAUCACCUUGGACCCGGAUAACAAGUUCAAGAUGGUCGGGUCUCGUCUGAUGACCACUGCCACGGCUAACUUGAACUACGAAGCUAAAUCAUCGUAUUCCAUCGUAGUCCGAGCUACAGAUAAUGGCAUACCAGCUCAGUUCUACGAGAAGACCUUCACAAUCACUGUUAAUGAUGUCAACGAAGUGCCAACUUCAGUGUCACUCACCGGCAGUAAAGGUGAACGAAAAUUCACCGCUGGAUGAAAUCAUUGGCUCGCUCCCUCUAUCGUGAUGGUGAAGUGGAGAGGGUGAUUUUCUUCCUCUAGGCUUCGUUCGGCCGACUUUGCUUCGUCCUCGUUGAAAAGUGAUCCUGAAAAAAGGUCGAUUCGCAAAAUUAUGUUGAUUUUUCAAUGUACGUGAUGACAUGCGAUUGCUGGCUAUGGCUCCGUAAUGUCUGCAAGCGUGACUGUAACUGGGCUGUGUGUGAGUGUUUUUCAACACUGAGAACUGGACGCUCAAGGCACCCUUCCCAUACUUGCCAACCCAGCCAAAGCAAAUCCCUUAGUCACACACCCAGUUUCCUUUAAUUUUCUCUCAUUUCCCUUAUUUUCCUGGUUUUCGCCAAUUUCGGCCAUUUUUCUCUUUUUUUUUGGCAAUUUUCGAUUAUUUUUGCGUAUUUUUCCGCAAUCUUGGGGCAAUUGUUUCCUUUCUUUUUAUUCAUUUAUAACCCAUUGCUCAUUGGGGGACCAAAAUCUGAGUUUUGCUAUUGUCAGAUCGCUCCUACAUGUGUGAUUUUGUGAAAUGCAGGGCCGCAUGUGCCCUUGUCACAACACAAGACAACCGUUUUAUGAACACUCAUGGUUC